AAAUUUGUUUUUGUUAAAGUCUAAUAAAUCAGUUUUUGGUGUUCAUUACUUAGAAUUUAGAAAAAGAGAAAGAAAAAAAAAAAAUAGAGAUAGAGUUUCUUGAUAAUGAAUCAUUCAGGAGGUGAAAGUGAUCAUAACAGAACAGCAAUUGAAAUUACCAAGGACAAAAAUGGAAUUGACCAAGUGAUUCUUCGAAACAUUCGAGGAGCUUCAGCAACGGUUAGCUUGCAUGGAGGACAAGUUCUUUCAUGGAAAACAGAACGUGGUGAAGAGUUAUUGUUUACUAGUUCUAAGGCAAUCUUUAGUCCUCCCAAACCAGUACGAGGAGGAAUUCCAAUCUGUUUUCCACAGUUUGGAAACCGAGGAACACUAGAGCAACAUGGAUUUGCAAGGAAUAAGAUAUGGGUUAUUGAUCAAAAUCCUCCACCUCUUCCCAAUGAUUCCAAUGGAAAAGCUUGCAUUGACUUGUUGCUCAAACCAUCCGAAGAUGAUAUGAAACUAUGGCCACAUAGCUUCGAGUUUCGCCUAAGGGUCUGUUUGGCAGCAGAUGGACGUUUGAACUUGAUAUCUCGCAUCAGGAAUGUCAAUGGCAAGCCUUUCAGUUUCUCCUUUGCAUUUCAUACAUAUUUCUCCAUCUCUGAUAUCAGUGAAGUGAGGGUAGAAGGGUUGGAAACUCUUGACUACCUCGAUAACUUAUGCCAGAAGGAACGCUUCACCGAACAAGGAGAUGCUUUGACAUUUGAAUCUGAGGUCGAUCGAGUGUAUCUCGAUUCUUGCAAUACGGUAGCUGUUCUUGAUCACGAAAGGAAGCGCACAUUUGUGAUACGAAAGGAAGGUCUUCAGGAUGUUGUUGUUUGGAAUCCUUGGGAGAAAAAAUCAAAGUCAAUAGUGGAUUUAGGGGAUGAAGAGUACAAGCAUAUGCUCUGCGUGGACGGUGCAGCAGUUGAAAAACCGAUAACUUUAAAACCAGGCGAAGAAUGGACGGGCCGCUUGGAGCUCUCUGUUGUCCCUUCUACAUGACUUCAAUGUGCAAACUGAAAGCAAAUACUAACAAAAAUAAACUACCAAGCAUUGGUUAUUGUUUUAACAAAUCUUGCAGCCUAAAAAUCAUAAUAAGAGGGGACUUCAUAUCAAAGACGGUGGAAUGUGAAUUUAAAUAUUUCUCAAAAGGAAGGGCAUGUAACUGAAGUAGAGAGAUACAUGUGUUAUGUUCAAGAUCAACCACUUUUCCGAGAUAUGCAUCUAAUUGAUGUACAUGAAGUGGAAGCAGUUAACUUAAGAAAGAAAUAUCAUGAACAUUUCUUCUUCUAUGUUGUGUUUUGCAGUUAACUUAAGAAAGAAAGAAAUACACUUUUCUUCUUCUAUGUUGUGUUUUGCAUUUUAAUAUAAACAUUUAAGUCAUGUA